AUGGCUACCAAGGUUUACCCAGGCUUUAUCAAUGUGAAUAGGUUUUGUUUCAACGGAGUCCGAGCGUUUUCUAGCCAUUCGUCGCCUCUAACAUUGGAAAAGUUGAGCGGGAAACAUGAAGGUAAGAAAUUUUAUAUUUUUCUUUUGUUUUUAGACGCUGAUUAUUGGUUGCCUUGUAGAAUAAGGCACGUUGAAUCUUUUAGGCAUCAGCGUCAUUCGACUUCACAAGCCGGACACCAAGAAUGCCAUCUCCAAACUUUUGUUGUCCAAAGUAAGUCAAGUCUAACAUUUUUUGUCUUUUUACUGGUUUAGGACACUGGUUGAUCGCCUAAACAAUGUAUUUCUAGUUCCGAGAAGCCGUCAGCCAGCUGAAAUUUGACAAAUCGGCCCGGGUUUUGAUUAUCAAGUCCGAUGUUGAAGGCGCCUUUUGUACUGGUGCUGAUCUAAAAGAACGCCGGAAAAUGACCGUGGAAGAGGUCCCCAAGUUUGUGGAUAGCAUCAGGUCGGCGAUGGAUGAAGUCAGCGCUCUGCCAGUGCCCGUAAUUGCCGCCAUCGAUGGGUUUGCGUUGGGUGGAGGCUUCGAACUUGCACUUGCCUGUGAUAUUAGAGUUGUGUGUGAGUUUUUGCCUAUAAUUUCAAACUCAUGCGUUUUCAAAGUAAAGUAAGGUGAUAUAUAGGUAAAAUAGACUCUUUAGAUUUUAUCUAUCACAUUAUUUUUUUCAAAAACUUAUUUUCCCAACAAAAAAAAUUAAUUUUUAUAUUAUCAAUGACACUUCAGCUCCGAAGGCAAAAGUUGGUCUCGUUGAGACGAAAAUAGCCAUUAUCCCUGCUGCUGGCGGUUCGCAACGACUUCCACGAUUGGUUGGGCCUGCUUUGGCGAAGGAAUUGAUCUUCACAGGUCGAGUUCUGAACGGAAAUGAGGCCUUUUCUCUGGGCCUUGCCAAUCAUUGUGUGGAAGAUCCGUACAAGAAGGCGAAAGAGAUUGCCGACGAAAUUCUCAGGACUGUAAGCUAUUUCUGAGUCUUUUUUAUUGUCCAAUGCAUGUGUUAAAAGCAAGCUUUCAUAUUUUUAACAAUUUACAAAUAUUGUUUUAGGGCCCAAUAGCUAUUCGUGUGGCCAAAACAGCGAUUGAUCAAGGGGUCGAAACCGAUCUGCGGACUGGAUUGGUGAUCGAGCAACAAUGUUAUGCCCAAGUGAUCAAUACGAAAGACCGUCUGGAGGGAUUGGCGGCCUUUGCUGAGAAACGAGCGCCAGUUUUCAAGGGAGAAUAG